GAGGAGGAGGACAUGGAGAUGAAACAGAAGAUUAGCCUGGAGUUAAGGAACAGAGCCCCCGAGGAGGUGACAGAGUUAGUCCUUGAUAACUGUCAUUCUGUCAACGGGGAAAUUGAGGGGCUCAAUGACACUUUCAAAGAAUUAGAAUUUCUGAGCAUGGUCAGCGUGGAGCUUACAUCUCUGGCCCAGCUCCCCAGCUUGAGUAAACUUCGAAAGUUGGAACUUAGUGAUAAUUUUAUUUCUGGGGGCCUGGAGGUCCUGGCAGAAAAAUGUCCAAAUCUCACCUACCUCAAUCUGAGCGGCAAUAAAAUCAAAGAUCUCAGCACAGUAGAAGCUCUGCAAAAUCUUAAAAGCUUGAAAAGCCUUGAUUUGUUUAACUGUGAGAUCACACACCUGCAAGAUUAUAGAGAAAGUAUUUUUGAACUGCUACAACAAAUCACAUAUCUUGAUGGAUAUGAUCAGGAAGAUAAUGAAGCACCGGACUCUGAAGAGGAAGAUGAUGAUGAUGAGGAUGAUGACGAAGAGGAUGAAGAUGAAGAAGAGGAUGAAGCUGGCCCACCAGGAGGAUAUGAAGAGGAGGAGGAAGAUGAAGAUGAAGCCGGUUCAGAUUUGGAAGGAGAAGAGGAGGAGGUGGGUCUCUCAUACCUAAUGAAGGAAGAAAUUCAGGACGAUGAUGAUGAUGAUGACUAUGUUGAAGAAGGAGGAGAUGAUGAGGAAGAAGAAGAAGAAGAAAGUGUUCAAGGAGAGAAGAGGAAACGAGAUAUUGAAGAUGAAGGAGAAGAAGAAGAUGAUUAAGUGGACCAGACUCCUUUCUUCUAUAGAGUUUGCAAUAAUAGAGUGAUCUUGUGGAUCUCCGUGUUUCUUUAUGUACCAUGCUGUCCCUACAGACAAUAACAUGUAACUUUUUAUAGGAAAGGUGUGAUUUUACUAUUUUUGCCUUUUUAUCAUUCCAAAUAAGAUUUAUUAGCCUGUUAGUGACCACAUACAAUAUAUAGAAAAAAACAAAAUCAGUCCUCUAUAAUCAUUGACCCCCGCCCCCCAUUAUCAAAUUCCCUAGCAGUUCAUUUGAGAUUUAAAUUUUCUUAUUCAAACUUAAUGUUUUGGUCAUGAUUAGCUCACAAUUAAAAUAUGUUAGGUUUUCCACAGGUAUAGUAUGGUGCAUUUCAUUCAUACGGUUUUAAAGUUAUUUAUAAACUAAUUGAAAUCAAAGUUGCUGUUCUAUGCUGUAAUAUGAGAAGUCAACAGUCUCUUCUUUGAGAAGACAAUUUGGUUAUAUUCUUUAGAGCUGGCCAGAGGUCUAGUUAGAAGGUAGUGAGUAUUUUCAUGCUGAAGGUUUUUUAAAGGUUACAUAAUUAAGUCAGAAGCCGAAGGGUGAGAGUUCUGUUCAAAAAUGGCAUUUUUAUAGUUUUAUUGUUGGAGAGGCUGCCGAAACCUGUCUCAAACCAGGUGGCCAUUUAGGUCUUUGUAUUUAAAAGAAUAGUUCAUGUAUCCCAAGUUGAGCAUAUAUGUGAACCCUUUCUUGUUUAGGCUACAAGUCACGGCAUGAUAGGGUUCUUUAAGGUGAACAUUUUGCUCUUUUAGCAUUUUCCUUGCCCUUUCUGAUUUCUCUAUCCUCCCUAAGUGGAAGACAAAACUGCUUUCCAUCGGAGGAGAUCUAGCAAAAACUUUAGGCCUUUCCUUGCUUUGCUUGGAUUUCUCAUAGGCUACCCUUGAAUGAGAGGAUUGACUAAAACUGUCUCAAAUAUAGACGUGAUUUAUCCACCUAACUUUGUUCAAGAGCCUCUGCUUACCCUGCGUUUCUCUUGCUUCAUAUUGUGAAUUAAUUGUAUCAGGGUGAAGUCGGAGGGGAUUCCUGAACCAGUAUCAGAGUCCCCUUGAUGCCAGAUAGCUUCCGUGAAUGUUUAAUGAGGCAUUCUAUCUGUGGAUAGACUUUACAUUUAAUAUUUGAUUCCUGAAUCAAGAUUCGGACGCUGCAGACUGGAGAUCUGCAAAGCAUAUUUUAUUUUCCUGAAUAGAGCCUUAAAUUAUUCUUCCCAUUGUUAUGAAGCAUAACCAGUUUUUAAGACAUUUGAAUGGCAUGUUUUAAGCAGUUGGCAAAAAUACCUGAAACUAGAUUGGUUUUAAGAUAAAGAUUUUUUUAAAAAAAUGGUUAUCCGUAGAGAAAAUAAUUGGGGGAAACCUUGCAAUUCUAUGUAUGUUUUUUCCCAUUAAGUUUCCAUGUUUUAUAUAAAUUCUAAAUCAAAAAAGAAUUAAAUAUAUUUCCCUUUUUUUUUUGUCAUGGAGGCUCAGUUUUCAAGACAGUGGCUUUUUGUUUAUUUUGAUUAUCUCAAGGAUAUUUUUCCCUAUAAGUUUUGAAGAUUUGUAACUUUUUAAAAAUUAGCAUCAAGGAAUGGUGAUGAUUAUCUCUUUGAACUGAAGUCAACACUUUUCUUCUAUAUAGGGCCACAUUUAAAUGACUACAGUACAUAUUUUUUUUUCUUCUUCACUUGGGACUCAAAGAAUGUGACUAGUAACUUUAGGGUUCCCAGAGAAACAUAAUUACAAAGUCAUCUUUACAAAAACCCAGUUCAUAAAAAGCUUGACUAGUUAAGUGAAAUCAAAAUUCUUGGGACAGAGUUGUUGCAGUGAUAAGGAUGCUCAACUAACAAUUUACUCAUUUUUUAACAGCUGAGAUGCAGCAUUUCAGGCACUUUCCAUUCUUAAGUUCCAUAUAUUACUUUUUGUUUUUAAAAUACCUGUUUUAAAAUUUAAUCUACAUUAAAAAAAAUCAAUCAUCUUAUUGUGCAAUCAGAAUUAAUACAGUUCUUUUAUUUUAAAAGGUAACAUCUAGAGCCUCCAGAUAACUUCUAAAACUUACUUUGCUUGGUGGGUGGUAUUUUCAUGCAAAUAUGUAAGGGAGGGGUUUUAUAUUUUGUAGAGGUUUUUGUCCUAUUUUAAUGCUCUUUGUAAGGCAGUAUGUAUAUAGUGUGUUAAGUCCUCUAAUAAUUUCUCUCCUAAAAAACUUUGAAGUUAUUACUUUUGUGCAACUGUGUUUUGAAUAAAGCCACGACAGUGUUAAAUAAA